AUGGGGAGGGGCGUCGUGGCGGCGAGGGCGGCGGUGUUGGCGCUGGUGGUGGCUGGCUGCUGCGCGCCCUUCGCACGGGCUGUGCCCGUGGUGGACCCCGACAUGGGCGUGGUGGCGGAGCUGGCGGCGGUAUGGAACAGCACUGCGGCGUGCAAGACGUGGAUCCGCGGCAGGGACUGCGACACCUUCACAGGCCUGCGCUGCAACGCACAGGGGCACGCCGUUGCCAUUGACGUGCAGGGCGUGAGCACCAUACCCGAGCGCAUUGUGCAGCUCGAACACAUGACGUCGCUGAGCAUCACACAGAGCCGGUUGGGCGGCAACUUUCCCCCCGCCAUCCUCUCCAUGCCCUCCCUCAAGCACCUGAAACUGUCAGCGUGCUUCCUGCAUGGGCCAUUGUGGUGGCACUUCAACCAGACCAAUUCAAGUGCGCUGGAAACCAUCAACCUGAGUACCAACAUGUUCUUCGGCCCCAUUCCAGAUGCCAUUUCCCGAAUCACCUCGCUCAGGCACCUCGAUCUGAGCUACAACAUGCUGUCAGGGAGGGUGCCAGCCGCAAUGGGCACCCUCAAGGACCUCACUUCUCUAGACGUAUACAUGAAUUACCUCGAAGAACUCCCCUCUACCCUCACCGCCAUCACUGCCCUCAAGCACCUAUCAAUGGGGGCAAAUGAAUGGAAGCAGCCCGUUCCUGCGUUUCUGGGCGACCUCAGCAAUCUUGAAGUGCUGAUGCUGGACUACACGCACAUGACUGGCUCCCUACCGUCGGAGUUGUCACGGCUGAAGAAGCUCACCGACUGGCACAUGACGUAUUCAUGGUGGGCCGGGCAGCUGCCAGAGUGGAUAGGCAGCAUGACAAGCUUGACAGUCCUGAACUUUCACCGCAGCUACAUCAACAGCACCAUCCCAACAGCCAUCGGCAACCUCAGCAACCUCGCCCACCUGCGUCUUGGUCUAAAUAUGCUCGUUGGGACCAUCCCCAGAUCAUUCGGGAGCCUAACUAACCUGAAAAGCUUGGACUUGCAGAGAAACCAACUGAGUUUCAGCAUCCCCGCCUCCUUUUCUCGACUCAGCCGCCUCUCUUCUCUGGACCUCAGUUACAAUGGGCUUUCGAGGCCCAUCCCCUCUGCACUCGGGCGCCUCACCAACCUGGGCAAACUGAAUGUGAAGCGCAACAGGCUGGCAGGAAAGAUCCCUACCUCCUUGGGCAGGCUCACCCGGCUCACUUUCCUGGAUUUGUCUGACAACCGCCUUGGAAGGACCAUUCCUGAUGCACUCAGUGCUCUCAGCAAUCUUCAUUACCUGGAUCUAUCUCACAACCGCCUUAUAGGGACAAUACCUGCUGCACUUAGCGCACUCAGUGGUCUUGGCUUCCUCGAUGUAAGCAAUAACGAGCUGGUGGGGAGGGUGCCGUCGCUGCGCCUCAUGAAGUCUCUGUGGCACGUCGGUGCGGACCACAACUUCCUCACAGGCAUUGCAGGCACCUCCCUUGCUGACAUCCACCUGCUGUGCAAUGACAAGUUCCGCCUCUCUCUGGGAUCCAACUGCAUGGGCAACAGCACGGUCCUGUGUGGCCGCGCCCAGAUACAGAGGAGCAAAUAUGAGUGCGAGUCCCUCUGCUGGAGCUAUGAUGACACCCCUUAUUGCAGCGGCCAUGGUUUUUGCUACACAGAUUAUGAGAAGAUUGGUUGGCAGUGUGCGUGCUAUGAAGGGUACACGGAAGGCACGGCUGCUGGCACAUGCAUUCCUGAAAGCUCGACAUGA